AUGCCUCACAAAGAACAACCCGUCCUCUUCCUCUGGUCCUUCUCCCCCUGGUCCAACAAAGUCGUCUCCUACCUCGCCCUCCGCGGCAUCCCCUACGCCCGCUGCGAACAACCCAUCGUCCUCCCCCGCCCGGACCUCGAAGCUCUAGGGGUGAACUACCGCCGCGUCCCCGUCAUCUCCCUCGGCCGCGACAUCUACUGCGACAGUCUCCUAUGCAUUGAGAAGCUCGAAGAGCUGUACCCGGGCUCCGAAGGUGGGUAUAAGGCGCUUUCGGCUAGUGGGGGGACGGAGUUUGCGCUGGAGAAGUUGUUGGAGAAGUGGACAGAUGUGGUGGUUUUCAAGCCUGCCGCUGCUGUUAUUCCGACGAGUCUGGAUUUGAUGAAGGAUCCGGCGUUCCAGAAGGAUAGGGAGGAACUGUGGGGUCGAUCGUGGAGUGCUGAGGCACAAGAAGCUCUACGCCCGGCUGCGUUGGCUGAGAUGCGCGCGUGCUUCGAUUUUUUGGAGAAGGUGCUCGGGGAUGGUCGGCACUGGAUUUUGGGAUCGAAUGAGCCGAAGCUGGCGGAUAUUCAUUCGUGUUGGAUCUUCGACUGGUUGUUUCAGCUUCCUGGUGCGUUUCCGGAUGACUUUUUUGGCAAGCAGAAGUACCCUAAGUUUCAUGCGUGGCGGGAUCGAUACAGUGCUGCUAUUGAGAAGGCGAAGGAGGUUGCGCCGAAGCCUACUGAGCUUGAGGGCAAAGAUGCCGUGAAGCAGAUCUUGGCCGCUGGCUUCGUGGACACGAGUCCCAAGGUCGAGGCUGAUCCUAGUGGAUUGAAGGAUGGUGAAGAGGUGGAUAUGUAUCCUAAUGAUACUGGAUAUAACCGCAAGGAUACUGGGAAGUUGAUCAAGUUGACGAGUAGUGAGGCUGUAAUCAGUACCAAGAGUAAACAGGAUGCAAAGGAGCUGAGGAUACAUUAUCCGAGGUGGAACUUUACUAUUACACCUACUUCGAGGAGGUCGGAGACGAAUGGACAUGCUGAUGGGCAGCCGGAGAAUGGCGUUCAGCCUGUACAGUAG